AUGCAGUCUUCUUCAUCUUCUUCUUCUUCUUCUUCUCCUACUUCUUCUUCUCCUCCUCCUCAAUCUUCUUCUUCUUCUCCGCCUCCUUCUCUUCCUCCUCCUUCCUCUUCUUCUUCUUCUUCUUCUGAUGGUGACUAUAAUUACGGUUUUUUUCUUUCUUUUUGUCUGUCUGUCUUUCUUUCUUUCUUUCUUUCUUUCUUUCUUUCUUUCUUUCUCACAGCCCUUUUUUCUGUUUCUUUAUUUUUUCUUUCCUUCCUUCCUUCCUUCCUUCCUUCCUUCCUUCCAACCCAUUCUUUCUUUUUCCUUCCUUCCUUCCUUCCUUCCUUCCUUCAACCCAUUCUUCUUUUUUUUCCUUCCUUCCUUCCUUCCUUCCUUCCUUCCUUCCUUCCAACCCAUUCUUCUUUUUUUCCUUCCUUCCUUCCUUCCAACCCAUUCUUCUUUUUUUCCUUCCUUCCUUCCUUCCUUCCUUCCUUCCUUCCAACCCAUUCUUCUUUUUCUUUCUUUCUUUCUUUCCUUCCUUUCUUCCUUCCUUCCAACCCAUUCUUCUUUUUCUUUUUUUUUUCCUUCCUUCCUUCCUUCCUUCCUUCCUUCCUUCAACCCAUUCUUCUUUUUUUUUUCCUUCCUUCCUUCCUUCCUUCCAACCCAUUCUUCUUUUUUUUUUUCCUUCCUUCCUUCCUUCCUUCCUUCCUUCCAACCCAUUCUUCUUUUUUUUUCCUUCCUUCCUUCCUUCCUUCAUUCCUUCCAACCCAUUCUUUUUUUUCUUUCUUUCCUUCCUUCCUUCCUUCCUUUCUUCCUUCCUUCCUUCCUUCCUUCCUUCCUUCCAACCCAUUCUUCUUUUUUCCUUUUCCUUCCUUCCUUCCUUCCUUCUUCCUUCCUUCCAACCCAUUCUUCUUUUUUCUUUCCUUCCUUCCUUCCUUCCUUCCUUCCAACCCAUUCUUAUUUUUUUCUUUCUUUCCUUCCUUCCUUCCUUCCUUCCUUCCUUCCUUCCUUCCUUCCAACCCAUUCUUCUUUUUUUUCUUUCUUUCCUUCCUUCCUUCCUUCCUUCCGACCCAUUCUUCUUUUUUUUUUCCUUCCUUCCUUCCUUCCUUCCUUCCUUCCUUCAACCCAUUCUUCUUUUUUUUUUCUUUCUUUCCUUCCUUCCUUCCUUCCUUCCUUCCCAUUCUUCUUUUUUUUCUUUCCUUCCUUCCUUCCUUCUUUCCUUCCUUCCAACCCAUUCUUCUUUUCUUUCUUUCCUUCCUUCCUUCCAACCCAUUCUUCUUUUUUUCUUUCUUUCCUUCCUUCCUUCCUUCCUUCCUUCCUUCCUUCCAACCCAUUCUUCUUUUUUCUUUCUUUCCUUCCUUCCUUCCUUCCUUCCUUCCAACCCAUUCUUCUUUUUUUCUUUCUUUCCUUCCUUCCUUCCUUCCUUCCUUCCUUCCUUCCUUCCAACCCAUUCUUCUUUUUUUUUCUUUCCUUUCCUUCCUUCCUUCCUUCCUUCCUUCCUUCCUUCCUUCCUUUCUUUCUUUCCUUCCCAUUCUUCUUUUUUCUUUUCUUCUUCCUUCCUUCCUUCCUUCCUUCCUUCCUUCCUUCCUUCCUUCCAACCCAUUCUUCUUUUUUUCUUUCUUUUCUUCUCACAACCAUUUCUUCUUUCUGUUUUUCUGUUAUUUUCUUUCUUUAAAUUUUCUUUACAGCACUUUUUUCUUUCCUUUUUUCUGUUUUAUUUACAACCAUUUCUUUCUUUCGUUCUUUCUUUAUUGUUUACUGCACUUUCUAAUUUCUUUCUUUCUUGUUUACAAUCCUUUGUUUCUUUCUUUUUACUUUACUUUUUCCUUUUUUCUUUCUUGUUUACAACCUAUUCCUCUUCCUUUCCUUUUUAACAAACCUUUCUUCUUUCUUUUUUCCUUCUUUUCUUUGUUUACUACCCUUUCUUCUGUUCUUUCUAUUUUGUUUACAACUCUUUCUUUUUUAUUCUUUCGUUCUUAA